CGCACUACUAGUAGUACGCGUGUUGACGUCUGGAGCUAAUUUCGUCUUGCACGUUUUCGUGCUGAAAGUAUCACUCUAUCUUCCUUCGGCAUGUAAUGAGCGAUAAAGGCAGAAUGAUACUUUCAGAGCGUGCAAGACGAAGACAGUUCUUAACUUUUCGUGAUUCCGUGAUUUCGUGAAACAUUUCGUCGUCUCUCGAAGUAUAUUCGAUCGCGUCGGUUCAUCGGCACGCAUUUCUACGAUCGUAUUCGCAUGGUAUUUGCGCGAACGUAUUAGUAUCUCGAGUGAGUGUCCAGAAUGCCACCAAGGAGCAGCGGGAAGCAGGAUGUUGCAUCGGGAAGCCAGGACGGGAUGCGGUCAAUGAUAUAUCGCAUGUAUCCAGGACCUCAUGACGAAGAACAAGCAGCGAUAUCGACGGCGCUUGCUGGUCUGCGCUCUCGUCGUCAUAAUUGUACUGGCUUUGGUGAUCGCGGCGACGAUCCUUUUGACCGGCAAGCCAGGUUCCUCGGCGUCCACAACGGACAGCGCGCCUGGCAUCUCUCUGUCGGAAUGGCUCUCCGGUUCGUUAGCCCCCGAGAGCUUCAACGGCACGUGGAUCAGCGGAGACGAAAUCCUCUACCGGGACGAGAUAGGCAAUCUGCUGAUCUACAAUGUCAGCUCAGCGACAUCCAGGAUCCUGUUGGACUCCAACAAUGCCGUUUUGCUGUCGAGUUACGAUCAUCAAUUAUCCGCCGAUAGGAAGUACCUCAUGCUUACUCUCAAUCUUCAAAAGCUGUAUCGAUACACGUACCUGGCCCAUUACGGGAUCGUGAACCUGGAAACUCUGACGGAAACGAUAUUGGCAGAGAACGAAUCGACGCCGUUGCAGCUCGCGAAAUGGGCGCCACAUGGCAACGCUCUGAUCUACGUGCAUCAGAAUAAUAUCUACUAUAGACCGGAGGCGGAGGUGGACAAUGACUACCAAAUAACCAACACGGGAGUGUAUGGAAGCAUCUAUAACGGCGUGCCAGACUGGGUGUACGAGGAGGAAGUAUUCAACUCGAAUGCGGCGCUUUGGUUUUCUCCAAGCGGCAAUAAAUUGGCCUUCGGCUAUUUCGAUGACUCGAGCACUCCUAUUAUGACCAUACCGUUUUACGGAUUCCCCGGGAGCUUGAGCUUCCAAUACACUUCGCCAAUACCGAUUCACUACCCUAAGAGCGGCACGACGAAUCCAACUGUGAAGCUGUUCUGCGUCGACCUGGACAUGGUGAUGCAAGGCAACGUGACCUUGGUGGAGAUCGAGCAUCCGCCGGAGCUGACCAGCGCCGAGAGGAUCCUGUCGGCCGUGAACUUCCCCACGGACGAGCUCGUUUACGCAACUUGGAUGAACCGGGUGCAGAACAGGGCGUAUUUCCAGCUCUGUAACGUCGACAACCUGCUGCCAAAUUGCACGACAGCGCUCUCGUACAGCGAGAAAAAUGGCUGGGUGGAGCAGUUCGAAGCGCCUGUCUUCGGCGACAACGGCACGUCGUUUAUCCUGAUAUUGCCGCAAAGACAAAAGGACAGCAGCGAUUGGAGACACGUUGUGCUGGUUACGAAUGCGACCAGCGACAAUCCGACCACCACCGCACUCACAUCUGGCUAUUUCGUCGUGACGGAGAUAGUCACGUGGGACAAGGAGGACUCGUAUCUGUAUUACCUGGCCACUUCGAAGCACGACUCGGCGGUUCAGCACUUAUAUAGAGUGUCGCUGUUGGACCCGGAACGCAAGUCAGCGUGUUUGAGUUGCAACAUUGUCCGCGAAACGGAUGGCAGUCGCUGUUUGUACAACACCGCUAAAUUCUCCGCUGACAAUUCGCAUUACGUGCUUACGUGCGCCGGGCCCGGAGUGCCAAGCAUAGCCAUCUACAACAAGAACUCCACAUUGCUAUUCGUGUGGGAGGAUAACGAAGCGGUAGCUGAGAUAAUAGCUGAGAAAUCGCAGCCGAUCGUCCACAGAUACGAGCUCCCAGUGUCCGAUGACUUCAACGCCCAGGUGAGGCUCCUGAUACCACCCGGUGCUGAUUUGAGCGGCGCCACCAAGUAUCCCAUGCUGGUUGAAGUAUAUGGUGGCCCUGACUCGAAUCUGGUGACGGAAAAAUUUAACGUCGGCUGGGGCACGUGUCUCGUAACGAACAAAAGUAUCAUACACACCGUCAUUGAUGGCCGCGGCUCUGGUUUAAUGGGUAACGACAUGCUGUUCGCUGGAUAUCGACGUCUCGGCACCGUCGAGAUCAUCGAUCAAAUCAACAUCACUAGACGCUUGCAGGACAAAUUACCGUUCAUCGACCGCACCAGAACAGCGAUAUGGGGUUGGAGUUACGGUGGAUACGCGACUGGCAUGACACUCGCCAUGGACCUGGACGGUGUCUUCAAGUGCGGCAUGUCCGUCGCGCCUGUUACAGAUUGGGCUCUUUACGAUUCGAUUUAUACGGAGCGUUUCAUGGGCUUGCCGACCUUCACUGAUAAUCUGCGGGGCUACGAGCAGGGUCAGUUGCUCAACAAAGUCGAGAACAUUAAGAACAAGAUGUACUAUUUGAUACACGGAACUUUAGACGACAACGUGCAUUAUCAGCAAUCGCUCAUGCUCGCGAAGGUCUUGGAGCAGAAGGACAUUCUCUUCAGACAGCAGACUUACACAGACGAGGAUCACGGCAUCGACAAGUCGCGGACGCACCUGUACCACUCGCUGGAGAACUUCUUGGACGAGUGUUUUCAGACGUCGUCAUGAUCGGAGCACGGAAUAGUGAUGACAAUCUAGACGUUGUAUACCACCUGCCUCAUUUACACACAUGUAAAUACUCUAUCACGUGUACAUAGUUUAUGUACGAUAUGUAAUAUGAGCGUUUAGUGUACAUAGCGGCAGGAGAUCGCGGAGGGAACCGGUUGAAAAAACGCGGCUGGUAAACGCGAGAUGGUAGAACGAUUAGGUCGCCAAUCGUCGCAAAACCGCGCAGGGCAAGUCUGUGAGAAAAACAUCUUUGAUACAUUUUCUAAGAUAACCCGAUCAAACGGUGCAUUAAAGGCCUAACGACGACGGGGCCCCGUCGCUUCGCUGUCGAGACCCCACAAAGUACUAGAAAUGUAUUUCGGUAUCUCGUUGCAGUUCACAUUUGUUCGCGCGGGCUGCUUUCUGUCCCAUGCUCGACGUGCUCGAAUGUCCCAUCGGCACGCUAACUGGUUGUUCUCUCCGGAUGGUCAAAUAGACCGAUCGAACUAGAGACGAUAUUAAGUUUGAGUCAUGAUGAAUAUAUAAGAUGAUACCUUUUAUCGUGAUGAAAUCUCUGUAGGUCUUAAUUUUAUGUUGGCAUUAUUAUGUACUCGAAACAAAGUUCCCCAAGGAAAUUGAUCUUUUGAACUGCAUAAAAUGUAGUAGAAAUAUUCGAAACGAUCAUGGUCGCAUAUAUGCUUAUCAGUUUUGCGAACUUUUAUGAUUGUCUUAGAGUAAGUUAAUUGAACAUGUUUGACCAUCUGAGAUAACACGUUCUAGUAGUAUAUAUGGAUUUGUUCAAUUCUUUGUUACUGUAUCCGCGCAGCUUCUUGGACACAUCGGAGAAUAUUCACAUAUAUGAGUUCAGUCAUUAGACAUUAGACUUUUUAGUAUUUCUAGACAUUAGACUUUUUAGUAUUUGUACAAAGAGAUAUUCAAUAUCAUACAUAUUCAAAAAGCAUUUCUUUCAAAUAACGAUAGCAUUAUAUAACUUGGAAAAGUAAUAGGGAAAUACUUUUUAUUUCAAAACGCUUCGAAAAACUUAGGGGGAUUUAUUUUGAAAUAUUCUUAAUAAAAACAAUAUAUUGAGUAAUAUUUACAGUAUUCUAUAAAACACGAAUGCUUUGUCCAUAAGUAAUUUAUCAAUUAUUGAGUAUCUUGACGAGAAAAUUAAGAAAAUUUAAAUAUACACUGUACAGUAUUGCAACGCGUAUACUGUCCGACAAUAAGAUUUCCACCGACGACGUUCCGAAAUAUAACAAUUAUUACGGCCUACUGAACACGACAUGUAAAAUAAAACUAUUCCUAUUCGUAUUUGAAAUAUAUUUCUCAAGCGUUUACAAUACGAAAGUCAAACUUUCGAUAUUGGAUUUACAGUUAAUGUGCUAAAAACCCUGAUUUUGACACUAUAGGAUGAAUUUUCUGAACUCAUAUAUGUUAUCUUAAGGCUCUGGAAUACUCAGUAAAAAUAAAAAUUCUUACGUAUACUAAAGAACAUUUUAAUAUUGAUUAAUCUAACAUAUGAUAUUAACAAUUACUAUUACUAAAUAAUUAUACUGUUGUACUACUCAAAGCUUUGGCAAACUAAGGAUAUUGUGUAAGUACAAUCGAUUAAAUUCUACAACAUCCGCCGAUGUUGUAAUGUAAUCAACCAAUAAUAUGUAAAAAUUCAAAUUGCACACAAAAGAAAGCGGGGUUUUCUGAACGGAUUAAUUUUUGGAAUAUGUUUAGAGCUAAAGAGUUGUACAUUUUCACAACGUGACGCACCGUCUUGUAAGAUCGAUUGUUGUGAUAUUCAUAAUUUCGAAAAUAACAUGAGAAACGCAGUAUAAAAGCAGCAACCGAUUUCUACUCUGAAGAUCGAUGAUGAUGUACGUAAAAGCAAUGUUUUGUAAACAAUUCAUAGUUAGGCGACAUCAUAUUAUUUUUGUUAUCUAAACAAACCAUUGCACAUUUUAAGAGUGAUAUACACUAUAAAAAUAACAUGUACAAAGACAAAAACGUAUAAUAACAGAAGGUUAUGAUAAUGAACAUAUUAAAAGGCAUGUUUUUUUAUAAAAACGUACUAUAUGCUGUCAGAUAUAUAAUAUUCGGAAAAUAAGAGCAUCGUUUGAUAAUGCCGUUGUUGAAGAGAUAUUAAUCCUUUUGUUAUUUUAAUUAAAUAUAUAAAAAUAUCCUAAAUGUGGCAUACAAUGCAUACAUAUUAAUAAUAAAAUUAUCCUUCAAAACUUUUAGAGUCGAUCUUACCGCCCGACGAAACUCUAUUAGCACGAUUGUUUCCAGCAAGAUAACCGUUUUAAUUUUCUAUGUUCUUGAUUGCCUUACAAUAAAAUCUUACUUGAUUCCAAGGUAAAAUCGAUUCUUUCAAAGUUUCUUUAAGGAUAAAUAGAUUUUACAAAGGCCCUUAUAUUGGUUCCCCAUAUUUUCACUUUUUAAAGGGACGAAGAUACACAUGUUCCAAACAUAUAAAUAAGUGUGUCCUUUUAAGUAUUUUAAGCAUUCCAUUUCUCUAUUUUAUAAUGCUUGUGAUAUGGGUAUACCAGAGUGUUAAGAAAGUGCAAUUAUGCAAUAUCACUUGAUAUCAUAUUUGUAUUUUGUAUUUGUAGUUUAAGUAUGUCCGUGUGUACGUAUAAAGUUCAGCAAUUAGUUCAUUGACAUCCUUUCCCUUAACAUGAGAUAGCAUAUCUACUUAUUAUUGUUAGAAUAUGGGCAGAUAUUAGUGCCAAUGUGUAAAUGCACACACAUAGGAUAAGCAAGAGACUAUCGACAAAUUCUCUAACUAUUGAAGUUUUAUAACACAAGGACCACUAUAACAAUUUCGAGAGUGGAUCAAGAUGAAUUUAUUAAAAUAAUUGUUAACUUUUAUCCCGACACGCGCGCAUUGUACAUACAGAAUUACUUAAUUGAACACUUAAUUGAACUAAGGUAACGAAGCAUUGUUAGAAGGAAAAAUACAGUAAUGACGACCUAGUAGAAUUAUAAAAUUAAGACGGAUGUACCCUCUUCACCACUAUUUGUUGAGUGUAUUAUAAAUAAAGCUCUAUGUUUUAUUAA